AUGCAAAAACUUGUUGAACUCCCUGUAAUGAAUUCAAUUUUUCCUUGUUCUGAUUCAAGUUGUAUUGCGUACGUCUGUCUCACUCGAUUGAUGGAAGCAUAUUUCUUUUAUCAUUUUACAUUAUUCCUUAUGUCUUUUUUUAUUCAAAACGAUAAUGAAAGCAAUUUAUUAAUUCAUUUUCAUGACUAUGAAUGGGGUUUUAAAUUCUGUUAUAUUAAUGUGUUGAUUACAAUAAUAUUUGUUCUUCCUUUAUGGUUUCAUCGUGUUUUCUAUUGGAUUUCAAUUAUUGGUGCAAUUUUGUUUAUUCUUUAUAGUCUAAUUUCUUUCCUUAACUUUGCUGCUGUACUGAAUAUUAAAUUAGUAAAUAAAGUUGAUCCUGGGCGUAGAUUUGAUCCUUAUGUAGUUCUUCUUAUAUCCAUAUCAUUCCUUUCUUUUUCUUUCUCUCUUGGUGUUUCUUUAUUCAUUUUAAUACGAUUUUCUCACUCAGCAACUUCUGCUGGAACUUGUGCAUCUAAAUUUUGGAACAUUCUCUUUACAUUAUUCAAUUUGUUAUUAUCAGUGAUAGGAACUGUUGCUUCAUUGUUACCGAUUGUGAGAGAAUAUAAACCAACUUCAGGUAUUUUUCAAUCUAGUAUAGUUUCUGCUUAUACUGCAUAUCUUCUGCUUAAUGCUAUCCUGUCAUUGCCUUGUUCUGAAAAGAAUGGUUGUUGGAUAGUAACUGAUUGUCAAGAAAAUAGUGCUCUUAUUUCAAAUUAUGAUUUCACAUCUUUUCUUGGUAUCUUCUUUACUAUUGCAGUUAUUGCUUAUCAAACUUAUCGAAAUUCAACCGAAAUAUCAGAAACAUCAUUUAUUGAUGAUAAACUCCCUGAUGAAACUGAUAGUUUAACAGGUGAAGUUCAUGGAAGAUAUUGUUUCUGGAAAUUCCAUGUUACUUUUUGUAUUGCAUCAUUGUUUAUGCUUCAAAAUAUGGUUGAUUGGUCUAUAUUUAAAACAAACCCUGCUCGUGUUGAGAUUGGUCAUUACGCCUUCUUUUUUAAGAUAGGUGUUAGUGUUUUAUGUCAUCUGUUAUACAUUUGGACGUUAUUAGCUCCUGCUCUCUUUCCAAACAGAAAUUUUUCUAAAAUUUAG